CUCCCGCCGGACAAAGUGGCAAAGAGCGAUAAACGUCGGCACGAGCUGAACGUCAUAUUAACCAGUGUGGAUUUGGCGUACCGGGCGGCGGACCAAAGGGAUAAAUGCAAAAAGGAGGGGGAGGGUGAGGAAUAUGGGCGAGAGCAGAGCAAUUAUAUGCAACGGCCACCAUUGUAUUUCGCCCCUGAAUCGAUUAUACCGCUGUGCCGCAGGACCGUUGCGCUCCAGGGCUAG